UUCAAAACGUCACUUCCUGUUACACUAAAGCAAGAAAAACAUAUUCAAAUCUGUAAAUCGUGAAAUACUUUUAUUGAUUCGAGCGAAAAAUAAGCCAUCUUCAGCACAGCGCCUUCUCGGAAGGUAGCUAAGUCGCAUUUAUAAACCAGAAGUGAGACGGAGAAGUUGUGCUGUGUUUCUGACAGCGAUGAAGGGACCCAACUCAGAUAGCGAUCUGGUGGAGGAUGGUAGCCCAUCGCCGGACAGCAGCAGUGAGGAUCUGCCCCCAUAUCUCCGUGAGGAGCCACUAGAGGACUUAGAGAAGGACCACCCAAAGGCAGAAGGAGGUAUGGUUUGGCGGGUGACGGGCGGCCUGUUCAACCUGACCAAGGGUGCUGUGGGAGCAACCUUGGGAGGUGUGGCCUGGGUGGGCAGCAAGAGCUUCGAGCUGACCAAGACCGCAGUGUGCAGCGUACCAGCCGCAGGUGUGGGCCUGGUCAAAGGAAGCGUUUCCGUGGUGACAGGAGGUGUGGGGGUGGUGGGCUCUGCGGUGGCCAGUAAAGUCACACCGAAGAAGAAGGACAAAUCUGACUAGGAUGCACUGGGCAGGGAGGGGGGCGGGAGGAAACUUGUAAAGGUUGCUGCAACUGGGGAAUGGGGCAGAGUUUUCACUCCCCUGACAUAGGACUAGGAAAGAGGCAUCACUGUGCUUCAGUGACACUUUCCAUAGAGAGCAGAAUGAAACAAUUAAUUCCAUCUCAAAGUAAUUUUCAGCAGACUGGCAUUCAGCCUUGGACCAAAUUAAAACAUAAAGGCCUGACAUGAUAGCACUUUAUGCUCUAUUCAUCCCAUCUUUGAUUGGAAUUGAUUGACUAGUACAAAAAUUUCCAAGACAGCCUUUCCAUCUCCAACUCAAAUUAUUUAGGUGGGGUGCUGCCCUGCUUGCUUUAUAUAAUGUAGCGUGAUAUUGGAGUGGAAUUGUACUGCCUAUUUUUGGCAUGUAUACAACAGCGUGUGGUGAAUUGAGCUCAGCUGCUAAGAAUAUAAACAAUGAUAAUCAUCUUCAAAAUGGAAAACAGGUAAUAUGACCAAAGCUAGGACCAAAUCAGAACAUUGGUUAAUAGUAAAUAUUAAUAAUAACAAUGUUGAAAAAAAGGCAUUGGUAUUGUCUGUUUAAUUGGCUGUUCUAUGUGGACAGUUUUGAAAUGAUGUGAGCCCUCCAGGGAGUAUGGAUGGCAUUUGAUAGUAAUGAGUAAGUUUUGCUCAAGCACAGUGGAAGUCCUGAAAAUAAUGUCAAACAUCAGUAAGCAAACAGAAGCAGGUAGAUCAGCAGAUUCCUGUCUUUACACAGCAGAUACCCAUCUUUAAUUAUGUCAUGUAUCGCGAUGUCCCUCCUGUAGGGUUUUGAAGUUAAAAAUAAGUAUUUUACCCUGUUUAUUUUCAUUUCCUCUCUCAAUUAAAUUUCACACGUCUUUAAAACUGUCGGGUUUUUGUUCCAUGGAACACUUAAGCCUAAUUUGACAUAGUUUGACGGGGUUAUUUAAAAUAUGUCUUAGUGCAGAUAUCCAGGAGCAAUCCUACUUCAAAAGUUAAUUUUCACUCAUACUGGUAAUUAAAUACAAGCACAGCAAACUUUAAUAUCGCUGAGGGGGAGUCCAUGGAAUUGGAGCUGGAAUUUUGGGGCGUUACUUUAUUUAGCAGUAUUUGCUUUUGUUCCACUAUUUUAUGAUUGUUUGCAACACCACUGUGAAAUCCAUGUUGGUCACUAUCUUUAAAGUUAAUUGGCAUGUGACUUUGUGUAGGAAGCACACUGGACAAUGUUUACCCUGCACAAAGGUAUCAUUAACCAAAAACUGUACAUAAAUUUGCCUGUGUUGAGAGAGUAGAAACAUUACGCUUUUCCCUAGUUCUAAAAGAAGCAUGGACAUAACAUACUGUCCAGUGCUUCCUUCCAGUUGCUUUUCUGUCAUGUUAAGCGUUACUGAACGUAUGCUUUUCCAUCUCAUCACUAUAUACUGUUAUGCCAAUAAAGUACACAGGCUUUUUCUCUUUACUUUUGAAGACAGGGACAGCAAUUUCUAGUCAUUUUUACCCGUGUUAAUUUUCAAAAGCCACUGUGAGUUUUUCUUUGUAAAAUGGACCUUUCAGCUAGCAUGAGAAUUAUAUAAACUGUGCAUGAUUACAGGCAAUAGGUUGCUUGCGUAACAUUAGAGUUCUAUCAGAAAUUAUCUGUAUUUAAUUUGCUGCAUUUCUCUUGUCUUUUUUAAACAUUCUGAUAGGUAUGUAAUGUAUUGGAGAUUCUGUACUGUACUGUAAAUCAAACCGAAGACAUUUAGAUUUUGUUUUAUAGAACUAUUUUUGCAAACUUGAUGCUGUAUUCUAUAAAUAAACUGUAUUUAAUGUUAAA